CCUCACGACCCUCACGACCCUCAAGACCCUCUCUUUUCCCCAGUCUUGUGGCUCCCAUUGACUGAAGACCGUUGAGUCUCUCCACCACUUCCACCACUUCCCUCGUUGAGUCCUUGCUUGUCCCUGCGCCUCGAUCUUGCCGCCACCCGGCAGAGUUCUUUUUUCGUCGCUUGCGCAGUCGAUAUAUCAACCCCAACCUUGGUCUGUCUGGUAUUUUCUCCCUGUCCCUCAUAUUGUUUACUACUCUACAACUGUAUAAUUUCAACCUCGUUGGAUACACUCGUUAAAACUUAUAGAAAUUGUCAACAUGCGUACCUCCCAGAUCCUCGCCCUCGUGGCUGCCCUCCCAUCCACAUUCGCUGCUUACAAGGGCUUCAACUAUGGCUCAACCGGUCGAGACCAAGCUGCGUUUGAAGGCGAAUUCAACUCGGCCAAGAACCUCGCCGGCUCAAGCUAUACUUCUGCCCGUCUGUACACUAUGAUUCAAGAUGGAACUACAAAUACACCCAUCUCCGCCAUUCCAGCUGCCAUCAACACCGGCACGACCCUGCUGUUGGGCUUGUGGGCAUCAGGUGGUGACGCUGGAUUUGCCAACGAACUUGCUGCAUUGAAUGCUGCUAUCUCGCAAUACGGUAGCGCUUUUGGCGAUUUGGUCGCUGGUAUCAGUGUUGGAUCCGAGGACAUCUACCGCAUCACACCUAUUGGCGUUGAGAACAAUUCCGGAGCUGGUGUUGGUCCCGGUGUUAUCCAAAACUACAUUUCCCAGGUUCGAUCCGCCAUCGCCGGCACCGCUUUGGCCGGUAAGCCCGUCGGCCACGUUGACACGUACAACGUCUGGACCAAUUCGAGCCAGAACGCAUUGAUUGGCAGCUGCGACUUCCUGGGUGUCGAUGCAUACCCAUACUACGAGACCACCAAGGCCAACAGCAUUGCGAACGCCAACGCCACUUUUUGGGACGAUUAUGAUGUCACCGUUGCCGCGAGCCAGGGCAAGCCUGUCUGGAUCACCGAGACUGGUUGGCCAGUUUCGGGCCCCAGCAGCGGUCAAGCUGUCGCCUCCGUCGACAAUGCAAAGACGUACUACGAUGAUGUUGCAUGCCACGCGUUCGCCAACGACAUCAACACUUGGUGGUACAUUCUUCAGGACACUGGUGCCAGUCCCAGCUUUGGACUCGUCGGCGCUGGAACACCCCCACCGACUACUCCUCUGUACAGCUUGAGUUGCUAGACUAAGACCGAAGCUUGAGUGUCUGGGUGUGAUAUGAAUGAUGAAUAAAAGUUUGGUUGUUGGGACUGGCCUUGGAUUUGAUUCCAAACGUCUCAUCGGGAAGGUAUAGAAAUUGAUAAUGAAAUGUUAAUACAUCAUCACUUUAA